AUGAAACAUCAAAAGAUUUUCGAGUGCGACGAUAUAAAAUUCAAAAAAGCUCUGACCUGGUUGAAAAGUAACAAUCCUGCCUACACCGACAUCAUCAUAUCAGAUGAAAGGCUCAGUAUAUUACCAUUAGAUAGUGGAAUCGAAGACAUGGAAAAUGUUGAAUUCCUGCCAAGCACAGAACAUGCAGAUCAUAAGGGUCCUUCAGAAGACCAAAUCAACCUAGGGGAAGAUGUUGAUGGUGACACCAGCUCAAGUGUACUGCUACCUGAACCUGUUGUGGAUAUACAUAAAAAAGUACACAAAAUAAUUGAGAAUGCUUUAAACAAAUACCACAGUAAAUCUGGAGAAAAGACUCACAAAAAAAUCACAAUUCCUUGGCCAACACGUAGUGAUAUUCCUUUAUCAGAAUUUACAACACAACACUUUUUCACACUUGCUUUUCCUACCCUUUUCCCUUUUGGUACCGGAGACUUCUGCAUGAACAGGCCACGCACUUGUGAAUCACUGGCUGAAUGGGCAGACCAUUUACUGUGGAUAGACAAUGGAAGAUUCGCACAUCAUCAGUACUUUAAAUCUGUUGUUCACAACAUGAUUAUGAGAAAACGGGCACUUGAAAGGGGGAAUUUUGUCUUCAAACAACAACUUGGUGAUUGUCACCUUACUUUAGAUCAGCAGAAACAACAAAUACAGAAAGGAGAUACCACCAUUGCAAACAAACUUCUAUAUUUUGGAGCCUCUUUCCGGGGAAGCAACCAAUACUGGGCGGAAAGGGGUAAGGAAUUACGCUCUCUUAUGAAAUAUAAGAUAAAUGAAGGAAGUGGUUUACCAUCUUUUUUCACCACAGGCAGCUGUGCUGAAUUCCACUUUCCAUCUUUAAGAAGAUUCCUGUCAAUAUAUGUAAGGGAAACAACUGGAUAUGAACCUGAUUUAACAAACAGAAACACAGUAUUCAGAGUUUUACAGGAAAAUACACAUUUUGUUGCUCAUUUCUUUGACCUGCGAACUCGGUCUUACUUCCAAGAUGUUAUGUCUCCUGUUUUUGGAAUCAAUGCAUAUUGGUUUCGCCAAGAAUUUGCCAAAACCAGAGGCAUGGUGCAUUUGCAUGGCCUUUGCUGGAGGUCUGACAAACAGCCAUAUGCACUGAUUCAUGAAGCGCUUGAAAGAGGUUUGACUGAUGAUGAGUGUGCUGAAGAAUUGGCUAUUUGGGCAGCUAACCAAUUUGGAAUAUCUGCUUCACAUCCAGCAGGCAAAGAUCACAAUGGAGAAUCAAAGAAAAACCUAUGGCCACUUCCAGAAGGAACUGCACCAGCACCACCAGAGCAAGACAAUCCUCUUCAGAAACUUUUAAUUGAUGUAAGCUCAACACAAGAAUCCUUGCUUGAAGCCUAUAUUCUCCUAACCAACAGGGUCAAUUUACACCGUUGUUCUGAAACAUACUGCCUCAAACGGACAAAAACAAGAAACAAAAAACUGUGUAGGAUGGAAUUCCCCAAACCUCUUCGUUCAGUUCCGGCUAUUGUACAUGACAAAAACAAUUCUCAAGGAAAUGUCAAGGGAUCAUCAUAA